AUGCUGGAAAUUGCUAUGAAGCGGUUCUACGAAGUUCGCCGGAGAAUCGAUGUUCUUUCGGAAGAAGCCGAUAAAAAACAAGUGUCCGAAUCAAAGGAAGAUCCAGACGAGAAGGCCAAGACUCUAGCAGAUCUUAUUGAGAAGCGGCAGAUCGAGAGCUUCGAAUUGGUUGAAAUGGUUGAGGAUACCUACUGCGAGCUGAAAGCCAAACUGCGCAAACUGUCAGCUACUGCAGAUACUCCUGCAGCGACCGGUCAGCAGGCAGCUCCCGCUGCUUCCAGUGCGAUUUCCAGAGUGAAGCUUCCCGAAAUCCGUUUACCUAGCUUUGGAGGUCGCAUCCGUGAAUGGGUCACAUACCGUGACAUGUUUAGGAGUCUGAUCCAUCGGAAUGACCAGUUGACAGAAAUGGAUAAGUUCUCCUAUCUACGUUCGUCCCUAACCGGUGAAGCGUUGCAAGGAAUUUCGUCGAUUGAGAUGACUGCUGCCAACUACCCUAUAGCGUGGGACAGCCUCCAAGAGCGAUAUGAGAACAAAAAGCUCAUCGUCAAGGCACAUCUUGAUGCUUUGUUCAGCGUGGAAUCAAUGAAACGUGAAAGUUAUGAAGCGUUAAGCCACGUUAUCAACGAAUUCGACAGAAACCUGCAGCAGUUGACGAAAAUCGGCGAAGACACGCCCGGGUGGAGCACAAUAUUGGCUUACAUGGUGUGCUCCAGGCUUGACACCACCACGCUUCGUCAAUGGGAGUCGCAUCACUCUUCUACAGAUGUCCCUGGCUACGAAGAUUUGAUGGAAUUUUUGCGAAAGCAGGCCUCCGUUCUGCAGUCUUUGUCGUCGUCGAAGCCGAGCCAGCAGAUCGAGUCUAAGAAGCCUAGAUAUACGGUUAGUCACGCCACAUCGCAAUCUCCGAGAAAUUGUCCGUUUUGUGGGGAAAGUCAGCAUUCAGCUUUCAGAUGCCAGAAGUUCCUGAAGAUGAAGGUCCAAGAGAAGGUGAAACGGAGCGGAUUGUGCUUGAACUGUUUUUCGUCGUCUCACAUGGUUCGAUACUGUACGAGCGGAACUUGCCGGAAUUGUCACCAACGGCACCACACCCUAUUGCACAUCGGAUCAAACAACAGCAGAGCAGCGUCCCCGCCUGCAGCGACCGGUUCCUCCGUCCCACUUGUACAGAACCGACCACAAAAAGCGAAUAAUCAGAACACACAAGCUCAGAAUCAGACCACACCCACUCAAAACCAUGGACCACUCACGAACUCACACCCAAUAGCCAGUACAAGUUCGCAUCAACCACAUUCACACCCAUCACACGCCACAGAUCGCACACUAGUUACGCAAACAAACUCACUACCCUCCAGCGCACCCUCGCCCACUCGGCAAGUGUUGCUGUCUACCGCUAUGGUGAUAGUAACCGAUCGAAAUGGCAACUCGAAAAUUGCUAGAGCACUUUUGGACUCCUGUUCAGAGUACUGUUUCGCCACUUCAAAAUUAUGCCAAGGUCUGAGGUUGGCCGGAGCGGACAGCCAUCUCGCAGUUUCUGGAAUUGGUGGCUCCGUUGUACGGUCGUCGAAGAUGGUCGAAGCAGAUAUAUCUCCACGGUUCCCCAGCAUAUCGUCGUAUACCGAAACCGUUCAGCUUCACGUUCUUCCCAAACUCACGGCUACAUUACCAGUUGAUCGAGUUGAUGCUGGAUCGUUAUUAGUUCCUGAAGACAUUGUUUUGGCGGAUCCUGGAUUUCACGAGCCCGGGCCAGUAGAUUUGACCAUUGGCGCCGAGUUUUAUUUCGAUCUGCUGAAGGAAGGCCGCAAGAAAAUGUCGGAUGAUGGACCCACCUUUCAAGAAACCGUCUUUGGAUGGGUAGUGUCUGGUCGUGUUCCAAAUUCUGGGAAUUGGAGUCCUGCUACCACAAGAGCACACUCUCCGUCGAAGAAUCAACGUGUGAGGAGAUUUUUCAGCGAACUACAGUGCGAGAUGAAGAUAAAAGGUUUGUCGUCACGCUUCCCAAGAAGCAAUAUGUCAUCGAUCAUCAGCUAG